UGGAACGGCUGUGCUCUAAAAUGCUCUCUGCUGGAAACAGCGUAUCGGCCCCAGGCCGAGGAUCGUCGACCCCGUUUUUGAAUGAAGAUGCAAGCUACAAAGUUGUCCUCCCGCGUCUACCAACCGGUAACGAUGUUUUGAAUUCUGUUUUCCUUCAUGCGGACUUGAGUGGCAGACCAUACCGUGCUCCCGACUUCCGAGACGCUCUGCUUGAGGUAGUGAAUACUUCAGAUAUUGUAGGUGUCGGACAGUAUCAAAUGAGCCAUGUAUGGAUGGUUACUUGCGCUAGUAGUGCGGCAAAACAGACUCUCGUCGCCUGUGGUGAGCUCCGUGUCAAAGGGCUGAAGUGCAUGGUGAUAGAUCCGGAGACUAAAAACAUCAAGCUUAAAUUACUAUGGCUUCCACCUCACCUUGAACCACGACGCGUUGAGGAAGCGUUCCAGGCCUAUGGUCAGGUGAAGUCGGUGGAGAGAGAAGCAUGGAGAUGCACUGGCAUGGAACAGUGGGUGACAACAAACCGGGAGGUUUCCUUGGUGCUCAAGGACACUAUCACCGUAACCUCAAUACCGCACAUUAUGUCCAUUUAUGGACACCAGUGCCUCGUACUUAUCCCCGGUAGGCCUCCUCUGUGCCUUCGUUGCAAGCGCGUGGGACACGUUCGACGACAAUGCAGAACACCGAGAUGCUUACAGUGCCAUCGAUUUGGUCACUCAGCGGACGCCUGCGUGUCCACCUACGCCAAUAAGCUUCGUUCUGGGCAAUAUAGCGCAGACGAGCCACAACUGGACCACCUCAUGGAUUCUACAGAGGUAGUAGAUGCCACCGGAGAGACUACAGGUGGCAUUAGGGACGAGGACCAGGAGACCUUGAAGCCAAUGCCAACCAGUCAUAACAGCUCAAGUAAGACUAGCGAAGCUUCCGGCGAGGAUGACUCAGUUUGCCCACCUGGCCUAGCAAGCCUUAAAGAAAAGCCCCCUGAUGACAAGGAAGAAGAGGAAGAGGCGAUGGACAUCAGCAAGGCCAGGAAACGUCCGGCACCAUGCAAUGACGAAGCAACAGAAUGUGCACUACCGGCGCCCGAGAAAGUGUCUCCUAGUGCUCAGCAAACUCCCUCUCCUGGUGAUAAUGUGCCCCGCCGGUUAUAUCAGCGUAGUCAGGAGAGUGGCACAAAGAAGCCCAAAGGGAGCAAGACCACAGAUUUACCUGUGGCCAAGGGCAAUGAAAUACAAAAGCUUUAGGUGAGCAAAAUGGCUACCGCCUUCACCCUCCCUUUAUGUGUAGCGACACUCAACGUACGUGGGCUGAGGAAUAUAAGGCGUCAGCGGCAGUUACUACACGUGCUUAGGCAGCAUGAAGUUGAUGUUGGUGCAGUGCAAGAGACAAAGAUAUCGUCUGCUGGUGAUGUCAACCUUGCGCUGCAAACUUUUCAACCUGAUUACGAGGUGUGUAUUAGCCAAGCAUGUGGUGCUUCCGCUGGAUGCUUUUUGUUAGUCAGAAAGCAGUUAAAUCAUUCUUCAUUGUCGCUGCGUGUUGAUGGGGAAGGCCGCCUUAUAUGCUGUGACCUCUCUUUUCAUUCCCGUAAUUGGCGAUUCAUUUGCGUUUAUGCUCCCUCAAAAGUGAGUGACAGGAAGGCUUUCUUCCUCUCACUUGCUCCGCUCCUAGAUACUGACAGAGAUUUGGUACUGUUGGGAGACUUCAACUGUGUUUGUCAUUCCAGAGACCACUCAUACCUAACUAAUCGUUAUGAUGCAAGUGCUGCUUCCCUGCAUCAGUUAACGGAAGAUCACAAUCUAAUAGACGUGGGCGCCUACACCCCAUCUUGGGUGCGGUUCACGCACUUUCAAGGCGUCUCCCAUGCUCGACUUGAUCGUGUGUAUGUUUCGACGAGUCUCUGGUCUAACAUUCACAACUACGCCGUGAAGCCUGUAUUUUUCACAGACCACUGUUUAGUAGCUGUUUCAUGGGGUCCCCGAAAAUUCCGCAGGUUUGCUCCAAACUGGGAACUGUGGAAACUUAAUACACAACUUUUGCGAGAGGAAAGUUUUGUAAACAAAGUGAAAGAAUUAUGGCUAGAAAUAACACAAUGUCAACAGCUUCCUUUGUUUGCUCGAUGGGAAAUGUUCAAAAAUAGAGUAAAAAAUGAGGCGAUUGCCAUUUCAUGUGAGCUGUCUCAAAGAAAAAAAGCUGAAAAGCAUUACCUUCAUGAUCUACUUCACAAGCUGCACGCUUUCGAAAGCCAGGAACCAGGGUUGUAUAGCGAUGAAAUAAACAUAGUUCGCGCACAAGUACAGAAAUAUGAGACGGAAGUGUACAAAGGAGCAAUGGUUCGUUCACGCACAACUCGCUUCACAGAGGAACAGCCCACAAAAAGGGCUCUCGGUGAUGAGAAGCGAUACGCGCUUUCUAAGCAAAUAUUAG